UUUUGACAUAAUUAUUAUCACACCUCAUGGAUUUUCCGUCCUCCAUGGGAUCUCAAACAACUAGGUUCAGUCUGAUCUUCUUAUUCUUGUUUUAUUAUCUUCCUUGUGCUUUAAGCCAACAGGAUCCUUGGUCGUGUAAUGAUCUGUUUCAGUGUGGAAACAUCACAGCUGGUUUCCCAUUCUCGGGAGAGAGUCGUGAUGAAUAUUGCGGUCAUCCUUCUCUGAAACUAAACUGCAACAAACUCUCAAACACAACCUCUCUUACCCUCUCAGGCUACAACUACACCGUCCUCUAUAUAGAUAACAGCAACAACAAAUCCCCCACUCUGGGACUUUCAAGACAAGAUUUCUCAGGUCCUUUUUGCUCUGCUUCAUUCUCCACCACACCUUUACCUUCAAAUCUCUUCCAGACUUUACCAUCUUACAAAACCCUUGAUGUGUUUUACGCUUGUGACCCUCGUCGCCAUUUCCUUGGGAAUUUCACAUGUCAAGUCAAAGAUCUUGGCUCGGUUAUUCAAAACUCUACAUAUCGCAAACUUUGUGAUGAGAGUUUCAGCGUGACAGUUCCUACAAGUUUUUUCCCAGAGGAGGAAGUUUUGGAUUUGACUCAUUUAGAGAGUGUUCUUAGAAAUGGAUUUGAAGUGAAGCUUAAGAUGGAUUGUCCACCAGAAUUUUUAUCCUCUACUGCAAGUUGCAGCUAUCUUUCCGGACUUUGCUGCAAAUACGUUUCAGGAACGCUGAGUUGCAGCGAUACUACAGAAAACUUCUUUCAUGAUAUGAUUCCAAGUACACGCUCCAUGCUAAUAAAAAUUGCACAAGUUGUAGGACCAAAUGUAUUUUUAGUUGUGGUGAUGGUUAUAGCAUUCUUGAUCUGGAGGAAAAAAAAAAAAGCAAAUGCUUUAAGAGAUCAGAACCUUAAUAUGUUAGCAACCCUGAGACGGUGUAGUUAUAAGGAAAUCAAGAAAAUUACAAAUUCAUUUACAGAAGUUGUUGGACGAGGAGGGUUUGGAACUGUAUAUAAAGGUAAGUUAAGCGAUGGUAGUAAAGUUGCAGUGAAGGUCUUGAAGGAUUCAAAUGGAAAUUGUAAAGAUUUCAUCAACGAAGUCGCAAGCAUGAGCCAAACAUCUCAUGUUAACAUUGUUUCUCUGCUUGGUUUCUGCUACGAAGGAUCCAAAAGAGCGAUUGUAUAUGAAUUUCUCGAGAAUGGUUCUCUUGAUCAGUCGUUGAAUCUUGAUGUCAGUACACUUUAUGGAAUCGCGCUAGGCGUUGCUCGGGGACUAGAGUACUUGCACUAUGGCUGCAAAACAAGGAUUGUGCAUUUUGACAUCAAACCACAGAAUGUACUGUUAGAUGAGAAUCUCAGACCCAAAGUUGCUGAUUUUGGCCUCGCUAAGCUCUGUGAGAAGCAAGAAAGCAUCUUGUCAUUGCUUGACACGAGAGGAACUGUAGGAUACAUUACUCCAGAACUGUUUUCAAGAAUGUAUGGGAAUGUAUCUCACAAGUCAGAUGUGUACAGCUAUGGAAUGUUGGUUCUUGAGAUGAUAGGAGCAAGGAACAAAGAAAGAGUCGAAAAUGCUAACUCGAACAAUAGCUCAGCUUACUUUCUGGAUUGGAUCUACAAGGAUCUUGAAAAUGGAGAUUACGUAAAGCUUCUUGGUGAUGGACUAACCCGAGAGGAAGAAGAUAUUGCGAAAAAGAUGAUCUUGGUGGGUCUAUGGUGUAUUCAGUUUUGCCCCUCUGAUCGUCCAUCAAUGAACAAAUUCGUAGAGAUGAUGGAAGGAAGUUUGGAUUCUCUUAAUCCUCCUCCUAAGCCUCUUUUGCAUAUGCCAAUAAUGCAAACUAUUGCAGAAUCAUCACAGCCAUCAGACGAAAGCUCAAUUUACUCCGAAGUAUGAUUCCAUGACUGUUGGGAGAAUCUAUAUUCUGUUUAGCACCAAAAUGUAUCACUUUUAUGUAUAUUGAUCCUUGAAAAUAAAAACAUAUGUAAAACAAAUCAUAUAUAUUUGACAUUUAUAGGCAUGUUGUCCA